AUGAAGGCUUCCCCGCUGCUGAUUUCGUGGCACAAUGACAACGCCCCCAUUUACUCCGUGCAUUUCGAUCCCAAUGGCAAAGGUCGCCUGGCGACUGCUGGAAAUGACAACAACGUUCGACUCUGGCGAGUCGAAUCCACUGGCGAGGAACGAAAGGUGACAUAUCUGAGUACACUGUUGAAGCAUACGCAAGCUGUCAAUGUGGUUCGGUUUUGUCCCAAAGGUGAAAUGCUGGCGUCUGCCGGCGACGACGGCAAUGUUCUACUCUGGGUCCCCUCGGAGCUACAAACACAGGCUGGACUUGGCGAAGAUCGGUCGGAUGACAAGGAAACCUGGCGAGUGAAGCACAUGUGCCGGUCGUCUGGCGCCGAGAUCUACGACUUGGCCUGGUCGCCCGAUGGGGUUUUUAUCAUGACAGGGAGCAUGGAUAACAUUGCACGGAUCUACAACGCUCAAAAUGGUUGGUUUCCAAGCCAUCGCGUUGACUCUGCAGUAAGGAAGCUGACAUUUGGGAUCAUAGGACAAAUGGUACGGCAGAUCGCCGAGCACUCUCACUAUGUCCAAGGCGUCGCAUGGGAUCCGCUCAACGAAUUUGUCGCGACCCAGUCGUCGGACCGAUCUGUUCACAUCUACAGCUUGAAGACCAAGGAUGGCCAAUUUACACUGACCCCUCAUGGCAAGGUCCUGAAGAUGGAUCUGCCAGCAAGACGUCUGGCUUCGAGCAGCCCUGCUCCAGAAUCGACCAGCAGACCACAACAGACCAACGCAAAUUCGAUUGCUAUUGCAUCCCCUGCUCCGUCUACCCCUGGAACUCCCAUGGCAUCCAACCUGCCGAUGGAUCCGCCCCCAGUUUCCCACAGCCGCCGUUCAUCCUUUGGUUCGUCUCCAUCCAUUCGACGCUCAGCAUCCCCUGCCCCAUCCAUGCCACUGCCCGCGGUGAAGCCUCUGGAGGUUUCGUCCCCGAGUGUUCUGGGUGGACUCGGGGUCAAAAACGCCAGCAUCUACGCAAACGAAACUUUUACUUCGUUCUUUCGCCGACUGACUUUCGCUCCGGACGGAAGCCUGUUGUUCACGCCGGCCGGCCAGUAUAAGACUACCCAUGUGUCGGCCACCGACCCGUCAAAGACGACGGAUGAAAUCAUCAAUACGGUCUAUGUGUACACUCGGGCAGGUUUCAACAAACCGCCCAUCUCCCAUCUUCCCGGUCACAAGAAGCCAUCAGUGGCUGUCAAGUGCUCUCCAGUGUUUUACACCCUGAAACAGGGUACUCAACCCGCAAAGCAAAUCACCUUGGAUACAUCGUCAGAAGGUGAUAUGUUCCCACCUUUGCCAGACUCGGUUGUGCCCACGGCUGCAUCGUCCACGAGCCAACCAGCAAUGGAACCCCCCUCUUCCACCCCGGCAGCCGGAGAAAACGCAAAAACUCAGCCCUCCCCUAAGGCAGCCGAGAGCAGCGACACCAACCAAGGCUCGACAGCCCCUGUGUUCGCACUUCCAUACCGCGUUGUUUACGCCGUAGCCACCCAAGAUGCUGUUCUGGUAUAUGACACUCAACAACAGACUCCCUUGUGUGUCGUGAGCAACCUGCACUUUGCUACGUUCACCGACUUGACUUGGUCCAAUGACGGUUUGACCCUCAUCAUGAGUUCGUCAGAUGGGUUCUGCUCGACCUUGUCGUUCUCUCCCGGAGAGCUUGGACAGCCUUACACGGGACCUACCUCUCGAGACUCGAAUCAAGUCAGCCCAGGAACUCCUUCGAACAAUGUCACUCCCCUGCCAACGCCCACACACAUCCCAUCCCCAGUCAAGGCCAGCCAUGCAUCCGCAAGCAGCGUAACUCCCUCUGCGCCUGCGGCCCAGGUCCCGCCGGCCAGCCCUGCACGCUCCAACUCGGCCUGUUCGCAGUCCUCUACUCAACAGCAGGCGACUGUAGUCAAUAACCCAACGCCGACCCUUGGCUCUGUUCCCCUUGUAACAGCCACUCACUCUGCGCAACCACUCCCACUCACCACCCCACCCCAAACCCCGAUGCCAACCACAGCACAGAGCGGAACAAGUGCAAAUGCUCCCAGCGUGCUCGGAAAACGCGACGCGCCCGCCGCUAGCGAAUCCGAAAAGGAAGAGAGCAAGGCUCCAGAGCCCCAGGCCCCGGCCCAGCAACCGAAGAAACGUCGCGUUGCCCCGACUCUCAUCUCUGCGGGAACCGAUGCGUCUUCUUCUGGCUCGAAAGAUGCUACCCAGAAACCGGAUCCUGCUACUUGA